AUGGCCACGUACAAGGAGAGGAAACGGAUUUCAGAAAUGGCCUGGGCAAGGGAUGAAUGGGAGGACGGAGGCAGAAAGUCAGUCAAUAUGAAGCUAUCUGGCUACUACGGCAACCCUGUGAGGAAGUGCAUUUGUGGUGUUGAAGUGGAGCAGAAGGGUCGGGACGGCGCCUGGGAACCAUUUCUUCGACCUGAGAAGAUCAAGCAGACGCCACAUGUACAGCAUAGUCCAGACAGCCAGAUGACACGGUAUUCCACCUCUGCAUUCUCCAGACUAGCCAAAGUAGGGAUCCGACAUCCUCCACCUCUUCCUUUCAUUGGAAACCUGCUCUUUUUUCAAGAGGGCUUUUGGGAAAGCCACACAAAACUCAUAAGGGAGUAUGGACCUGUUUGUGGGUACUACAUUGGUCGCCAGAUGUUUGUGGUGGUCUCCGCUCCAGAGAUGAUCAGGCACAUCUUAGUGACAGACUUCCAUAACUUCACCAACCGAACGAAGCCGAACCUGAUUUCGAAGCCAAUGCUCGACAGCAUCCUUUGUCUUCGUGAUGACAGAUGGAAGUACGUCCGGAGCCUGCUGACCCCAGCCUUUGGCGAGAGCAAACUGAGAGAGAUGAUGCCACUAAUAAACCAGGCCUGUGAUGUUCUGCUGAAUAACUUGAAAGUCUAUGCAGAUUCUGGCAAAGCUUUUGAUAUCCAGAGGUGUUACAAGUGCUUUACCUUGGAUGUUGUCGGUAGCGUGGCUUUUGGUGCUCAAGUGGACUCUCAGAAGAAUCCUGAUGAUCCCUUUGUUAAGAACUGCAGAACGUUCUUUGAAAUGUCUUUGUUUAAGCCUCUCCUAAUUCUAAUCCUUUCUUUCCCAUUUAUAAUGAUCCCAUUGCUCCGCAUUCUGCCAAACAAGAAACAAAAGGAACUGAAUGGAUUUUUUAUACAAAUCAUAAAGGAUGCAAUUGUCUUCAGAGACCAGCAAGAUGCAGCUGAG